CAUCUUUCAACAUUGAGCACCUCAUUCUUCCGCCCUUCUUUCGCCGCGUCCCAAUGAACCGUCCCAGAUGAGUUGGAACUUGCUUGAGCGGUUCAUUGAAUCCGACCAUUUCAACAGCGAUCCAUCGCUUGCCGUGGCCUAUUUGGCUCGGUAUGCAGAUCAUGUCGGAAUCCACUAUGUGCUCUGCUCGAAGCUGCGCACAUUCGCCUACGAGGAGCUCGAGUUCUUUCUGCCGCAGCUAUGUCACCUGCUCAUUAGCAUAGACAACGAGUCUAUGGCAUUGGAGGAAUUUAUAAUCGAUCUGUGCGAGGAAUCAGUCAACGGCGCGCUUCUGACCUUCUGGCUAUUCCAGACAUACCUCCACGACCUUGCCUACGCCCCAAACUCGAACGCAUUCAAGACAUGUCGGCGCAUCUACAACCGCGUGCAGCGCAUCGUCUUUGGCUCAGCGGAGCCCCAGCGGCGCGAGAGGAUCAAGGAGAACGUCCUUCCCGUGACCGUUCUCUCGAGCCUGGUGCUAGCCAGCAUCGCCGCCCCCUUUCUACCCGCACAUGCCGGGCCGCUGGCGAUUGCGCAGGCGCGAAAGCCUCGGCCUGUGGAGGACAUGAUCUCCGACAACGUGCAGACUGGAAAGGUGGGGAGGAGCAAUACAGUAGCAGGGGGCUCGCCGCGCCCGCGCCAGCGAAGAACAGACCAGGGACACUCUGAUCCUGAGGAUGGUCGCACUUCCAAGGCUCCUGCGCCGCGAACGAGGGACCCGCGUGAUCCUAAAGAUCUAAGACGACAGGCCGCUCGACCACCACAUGCGGCUCGCGGCGCCUCGGCGCAGCAUCGUCCUUCUUUGCUGCACAUCGACGCUGAAGCUCGCCUCAGCUCGUCCUCCCUACCCGACUUCCGCAACACCAGAGCCUCCCCGCUACCUACCCCUCCUGCCACAGCCGGUCUCGGACCCCAGACAGACCGCACUUCUCGCAAGCACUCAGCGCAGCAACCGAGACCUCUCACCCCCACAGCCUUGUCGCGCACACAGAAGGUUCGACUGCUGAGAUCCAAUUACUUUCGUAACGAGACACAAUUCCUGAGUGCACUGGAAGACAUUUCGAGUCGCUUGGUAUCUGUACCGAAGCCAGCACGUUUGAGCGCUCUACGCGCCGAACUCGCUCUCAUAGCACAAGACUUGCCAGCUGAAGUCGACAUUCCACUCCUUUCUCCGCCAACGCUGAAGGAUGGGAUACCGUCGCAGAGCCAGCACCACCGAAUCGUGCGCAUAAAUCCAGCAGAAGCGACGAGUCUCAACAGCGCGGAGAAAGUGCCAUAUCUGCUGAUGGUGGAGGUGCUCAAGGAGGACUUCGACUUUGAUCCGGACUCGGAACAGAACCAGCAGCUAUUGGAGAAGUUGAUGCUAGAGAAGGGGACGUCAAGGAGGAGGCUGUUCGAUAUUACCAACGCUGAACGUUUGGCGCUGGAUAGGACACCACCAAAUGGAUCGGAUAGCGUAUUCGAGCCUGCAAAUGGCGACUUGGGCAGCACUGCGCUGAUCAAGGAUAUCGACGAGGACGACAUCGCUUCUGGAUUAGCAAGAGUGGCAUUGCCGUCUGCUUCCAGCAAUGGCAAAGCUACAGCGCCCCGAUCAUCGAGUGGAGCGAACACAUUGUCUUCCAUGGCCACAUUGUCCACACCACGGACGUCAGAUAUGGAGGUUAGCCGAUCGAGUAGUCCUGCUCCGACAAGGAAAGCGACAAUACCUCUGAAUAGGAAUCAGGGGCCGGACCAGCCGGACUUCACGGCUCUUGCAACUCACAUGCGGACAGCGGCCCAGAUGCUGGCACAGUUAGAGGCAAGCGGAUCGAAACGACCGAAGACCGAAGUUGCAGCUAUCAAAGCGAAGAUCAUUGCGAGCAUGCAGACUCUGGAAGAGCAAAACUUCAUGUCGGACGAUCAGGGGCCCACAUUUGACACCAUCAUGGCAGAGUCGGACUCAACAGCAAUCAUGGCCGAACCCGAGGAUCUUGAGGAAGGCCUGGCAGUAGCCACCAACACCGGCGCCGGUGCAGCGCGCAUGGAGAACGACCUGAAAACCGGUGGUAUGCGCCGAAAAGGUGACCGUGACGACCCUUCCGCAGCGACCUUCGGUGAAGAGUGGAGUGCGAAGCGUGAGCGCAUCCGCCGCUCCUCCCCUUACGGCUACAUGCCCAACUGGGACCUCAUAUCCGUCAUCGUAAAGACUGGCGACGACCUCCGCCAAGAAGCCUUCGCCUGCCAACUCAUUCAAGUCUGCACCAAGAUCUGGGAAGAAGCCCAAAUCCCCGUCUGGACAAAACGCAUGCGCAUCCUCGUGACCGGCGAAUCCUGCGGCCUGAUCGAAACAAUCACUAACGGCGUAUCUCUACACUCUCUCAAACGUUCACUCACCCUCGCAUCCAUAGCAGCAGGCACGAACCCCCGGAAACGCAUAUCUACGCUCAAAGACCACUGGCUCAAAACCUUCGGCGAACCCGAUUCAGAACCGUAUAAUGCGGGUGUAGGAUGCUUUACCCGUUCUCUCGCCGCGUACUCUAUGAUAUCAUACGUCCUGCAGCUCAAAGACCGCCACAACGGCAACCUCCUCAUCGACAACAUGGGCCACAUCAUCCACAUCGACUUCGGCUUCAUGCUAUCUAACAGUCCCGGAUCCAUGGGCUUUGAAGCUGCCCCUUUCAAGUUGACGCAAGACUAUGUGGACGUGUUGGGUGGUAUCACCUCCCCGGCGUUCGAAGAGUUCAAGACGCUGUGUAAGAAGGCGUUCCAGGCAUUGAGGAGAGAGGCCGAGAGGUUGAUUAUGCUGGUGGAUUUGAUGGGCAAGCAGAGUAAGAUGCCGUGUUUUGCAGCGGGGAGUGCGAGUGUGACGAAUAGUUUAAGGGCGAGGCUGAUGCUGCAUUUGAGUAAGGAGGAGGCGGAGGGGUUUGUGGAGGAGCUCGUGGCGAAGAGUGUGGGGAGUUAUUAUACUAGACUUUACGAUACCUUCCAGUACCGCACGCAGGGCAUUUACUGAGCAGGCAGCUCAUGUGUGGUCUGUACCUGAGAGCAUACGGCAUCAUUUGCUGGAGAGCGCACCCGCCAAUUGUGGACUCGCACGCGCGACGACUUGCAUUCUUGGAGUAGGCAUGGGUGUUCGACGGCGAAUAGAUGAACAUUGCAUUUGCAUAGCACAACGGCA